AUAACAUCGAAGGUCUAACCAAUCGCCCCAACUCCGACAAGUCAAGUGCUAGGUUCUGAGCGCACACAAACACACACAAACACACACACACACAUCGUGUCCAGGACCUCCGGGAGACUAGUUUAAGGGACGAGGCCUGAAAGAUUUUUAAGAUGAUGUUGGCGUCGCUUGUGGGGAUGUUGCUCCUGCAGAUGGGAGCGGCAACGAGAGCAAUUCAUGACUACAACGUCUACCACCCCUAUACUGAGAUUGACAGCUGGAUGACCGGGAUUCUGAUUGACAACCCGGACAUCGUGUCUAUUGAGCGUUACGGCCAGACCUACGAGAAGAGAGACAUCAACUUGCUCAGGAUCGGGGAGAGGACAGGGGCGAUGAAGAAGGUCGUCUGGAUGGACUGCGGGAUCCAUGCCCGGGAGUGGAUCUCACCGGCCUUCUGCCAGUACUUCAUCAAACAGAUCCUGCAGGAGUACAGAGUCCACGGCAGCAGGAUGGCAGCGAUGAUGAAGGAGAUGGACUUUUAUGUCACCCCUGUCCUGAACGUGGACGGAUACAUCUACUCCUGGCUCAACGGGACCCGUCUGUGGAGGAAGAACCGUUCUCCUGGAACCGGCAGCUGCAGCUGCUACGGCACUGACCUCAACCGCAACUUCAACGUCACCUGGGGCACGAUCGGCGUGUCGACCAACUGUUGCUCAGAGACGUACGGCGGCACGGCGGCCCUGUCGUCGCCCGAGGCGGCAAGCGUGACGCGCUACCUGGAGCAGAGGAAGGCCGACGUGCUCCUCUUCCUCACCAUCCACUCGUACGGCCAGCUCAUCCUGGUGCCUUAUGGCAACCCCAACCUCACUGCGCCAAACUACGGCCAACUGAUGAAGGUGGGUCUGGCGGCGGCGGCGGAGAUGAAGAAGGUCCAUGGGAUGAGCUACAGGGUCGGGACCUCGCCCGACAUACUGUACCCUAACUCCGGAUCUUCCCGGGAUUGGGCCCGCCUUGCCGGUAUUCCCUACUCCUUCACCUUCGAACUCCGUGACAACGGGUCUUUCGGCUUCGAACUCCCCGAGGACCAGAUCCAGCCAGCCUGCGAGGAGGCCUACUCCGGGGCAAUGCACAUCAUCAACCACGUCCACCGCGAGCAGUUCAACGGCAGCAGUUCAACGGCAGCGGCAGUGUCAGUGGCUACAGCCUCCCUGUUGGGGGCGCUGUUGGCCACAUGCGUCACUGUAGCAAACAACGCUUUUUGAAAUUAUCACGAUUUGUAUAUUUUUUUUUUUCACAAUUUGCUUUUGGAGGCUUGGUGAAAUUAUUUAGGAAUCAAAGUAUUUUUUUGUAAGAUAUUUCACAGUUAUAAAUAUUUUAAAAAAAUUACAUUUGGUGGCAUGAUGAAAUUAUGAGGAUAUAUUUUGAAAUAUUUUUUUAAUUUCCACGAUUUGUAAUAUUUUUAAUGCACAUCAGUUUUCACUUUUAAAUAGAUUUCACAGGAUUUCACAAUGAACACAAUUGACGCAACCAUCCACUACGUCCACCAACACGAGUUCAACGUGGCGGCAGUCAGUGGCCACCACCUCCCUCUGGGAGGCGCUGUUGGCCACCAGCGUCACUGUCGCAAACAAUGAACUCUGCGAAGGAGGGGAACGGGUUUGGGGUUUUGUGAGUGGAUUUAAAAUUAAAAUGAGUCUUUGGCGGCUUGAUGAAAUGUAUGGAAGCAUAUAUGUAGCAAAAUUCAAAUGGCAAUGCAAUUUGCAAUUCAAUAAAUCAUUACAUUAUGCAAUUGAAAAUCCAUUAUGCAAUUUUAUAAUGUAAUUUGUAAAUACGUUAUUCAAAUUGUAUUUUAAUAUGCAAAGUGGCAAUGCAAUCCUCAAUUAAAUUUGCUAAAGUUGUAACAAUAAAAAUAGAACAACAAUUUGUCAAAUUCUUUGAGUUCCUUUAUUCAAAUUGAAAAGCUAUAGCAUCCCCGUGAUUGCAAUCCACUUCGCCACGGUCCGUGUGUUGCGAUAUUCAAAUGACAUUUCAAUCCGCAAAACACUUUGCAAAAGAUUUGGCAAAACGUUUUGCAAAACGUUUUCCAAAACGUAAUCCAAAUCGUUUUCCAAAAAGUCAAUAUGCAAAGUGGCAAACGUAUAAACCAAUCAGCGUCUGGGCGGGAACUACGUCACUUCCUAUUGCCUCCAAGGGUAUCUCCAUGGUGGGUCUCCCGAGUCCCGACCCUAUGUUUCGCACCCAGUGCUUGUAGCACCUGAAACACACUGGCGUCAAAACGUACCAGUGAGGAUAAGUCGUCUAUCCUAUCUCCCAGAACACGCACUCUAUCUACUGCAUCUGUGUCUUCAACACGAUUGUUCUCCACAUCAUCGGCCAAACUUCGGAGCGUAUCAAUAAUCACCUCCAUUGGUGACCAUGGACCUGACACAUACGAAUGUUUUUUUAUUUUAUUUAAUACAUUUUAUUGACAAUUAGCAAUACAACAACAGCCAGGGGGUACAGAAAUGGCAGACAUACAAAAUACAGACACAAAAAAUACAAAAUGCAGCAUUACCAUUAAAUUAAAUAAAAAUAUUAUAAAGAGCACACACACUAAGUGUUUUAAUAGCUUUCCCAUUUCUAGAACAUAUAAUAUUCCCCAUGUAUUGCCUGGUUUCAUUCUCAAACACAACAAAAAGCGGUUUCUGAUUCGAGUAUUUACAUUUAUGAAUAUGCCAUUUAGCUAAUAAAAUAAUAAGGUUUAUAAUAAAAUAUUGGUUUGCUUGACUAGAGGUAUAAUUGAAGAAACCAAGCAAUACA